AUGAUGAGCAUGAUUGAAAAAAAGUUUGCUAAUAAAGAUUUAGAAAUUGAGCUGACAUCAUAUAUUGAUAAUCAGCAAAAUGUUUGGUUCCGAGGAAAAGAUGUUGCUGAGAUCCUUGGUUAUAGUAAAACAAGAGAUGCAUUAUUAAAGCACGUUGAUAACGAGGAUAAGCAACAAAUAUUUACUCCUCAUGCCAGCGUCCACAAAACGUGGACGGUGGGUCCGAGUGGCAGUUUAUGUACUUAUAUUAAUGAAUCCGGGUUCUACUCUCUCGUUUUAUCCUCAAAAUUGGAAACAGCAAAAAAGUUUAAACAUUGGGUAACUUCACAAGUCCUCCCAUCCAUCCGCAAAUAUGGCCAAUACAAACUAUUUGAUAGCCCCUGGAAUAAGAUGAUCAUGAUUGGCAAUGAGACCGACCUCCAUUAUAAAGUAGUGGACCUCAUAAGGAGAUAUUAUCCAGAUUCCAUAUUAGUAGCCGGUCUGGGAGAGAAUCAAGAUACUGAGAAUAAGAGACUGGAUUCGUAUAAGAAAGGAUAUAUGAGAGGACAGCCUGAUCUAAUGGUACUCGAUUAUCACAAAGAUUAUAAAGGCCUCUGUAUUGAAUUCAAAUCACCAACUAAUAAUUAUCAUGUGUCAGAAGCCCAACUGGAGAUGAAGAAAAAGUACGUUAAUAAUAGCUAUGCAUUUAUACUCAGUAAUGAUUAUGAUAAGAUAAGCAAAAAUAUUCAUGAGUAUAUGAAAGGCAUAAGAGUACCGUGUAAAUAUUGUAUCAAACGAUUCCUUAAUACGGACACACUAAAAAUGCUUUAUGAAAUAAUCCAUCGAAUUGAAAAAUAA